AUAUGAUGCAAUUAUUAUCUCAGGAACUGAAAUGGCCAAACAAAUCCAGAAAGAAAUCCAGCAUGGCGUGGACUCUUGGGUUUCCCUUGGGAACAGAAGGCCCCACCUCAGUAUCAUAUUAGUGGGUGAUAACCCAGCAAGCCACACAUAUGUCAGGAGGAAGAUUAAAGCCGCCGCUGCUGUAGGUAUCUGUAGUGAGAUCAUUCUAAAACCUAAGGAUGUUUCUCAGGAAGAACUGUUGGAUAUAACUGAUCAAUUGAAUGCGGACCCAAGAGUCAGUGGUAUAUUAGUUCAGUUGCCACUGCCAGACCAUAUGGAUGAGCGGACAGUAUGCAAUGGAAUAUCCCCUGAAAAAGAUGUAGAUGGAUUUCAUAUUAUUAACAUUGGAAGACUGUGUCUUGAUCAGCAUUCCCUCAUACCUGCCACUGCUAGUGCUGUUUGGGAAAUCAUCAGAAGAACAGGAAUUGAAACAUUUGGAAAAAAUGUUGUUGUGGCUGGAAGAUCCAAGAAUGUAGGGAUGCCCAUUGCCAUGCUCUUACACACAGAUGGAGAACACGAACGGCCAGGAGGUGAUGCAACUGUGACAAUAGCUCACAGAUAUACCCCCAAAGAGCAACUGAAGAUCCAUACUCUGUUGGCAGAUGUUAUCAUAGUUGCUGCAGGUGUCCCAAAGUUGAUCACAUCUGAUAUGGUUAAGGAAGGUGCUGCUGUAAUCGAUGUUGGUAUCAACUAUGUCCAUGACCCAACCACAGGAAAGACAAAACUCGUUGGAGAUGUGGACUUUGAAGCUGUUAAGAAGAAGGCUAGCUUUAUCACUCCAGUUCCCGGAGGCGUGGGACCCAUGACAGUGGCGAUGCUUCUCAAGAACACCCUUUUGGCAGCUAAAAAAAUCAUUUACUAGAUCACGUGAAAUAAUAAAGCAAACUGAAGUCAUGCUACAUAUUUAUUUGACAAAAGGCAAAGAUCUUUAUAUUUUACUACA